GACGCACGCAACCAGUCGCUGCUCUCCGGCUGCCAAAGUGGAUCGUCAGCCGCCACCUGUCGCCGAGUCCAGCCCAGUUGUAAUUCGGGACCGAGCCGAGGCCGACCAAAAAGAAGCACCAUGUCGCCGGCGGUGAUGCUGCGAUAAGGACGGAGAGGAGCGGAGGCUUUUGGGCUGGUUCUGCGGUGCAGCUCCGAGGAGGAAGCGGGAUGGUCGAACUGGAGAAGGAGGUGCUCCCGCUGCCCCCGCGGUACCGGUUCCGAGACCUGUUGCUCGGGGACUGGCAGACCGACGACAGGGUGCAAGUGGAGUUCUACGUGAACGAGAACACGUUCAAGGAGCGCCUCAAGCUGUUCUUCAUCAAAAACCAAAGAUCCAGUUUACGAGUGCGAAUGUUUAACUUUGCGCUCAAAGUGCUGAGCUGCCUCCUCUACAUCGUCAGAGUGCUUCUGGACAACCUGCAAGAGCGGAGGCCCGACUGCAUGAGUGGAUCGAACUCCACCAAACAGAACGCAUCCUCCCGCCAAUGGAGCGAGUUUGACUGGAAGCUGAUCAUCUGGGUGGAUAGACCUCUACCGCUGUGGGCCCUGCAGGUGCUCGUGGCUUUUAUCAGCUUUUCAGAAACAAUGUUGCUUGUGUAUCUCAGCUACAAGGGCAACGUCUGGGAGCAAGUACUACGUGUCCCCUUCAUUCUGGAGAUGAUCAGCGCCGUCCCCUUCAUGAUCACUGUGAUUCUGCCCUCCUUCCGAAAUCUCUUCAUCCCCGUUUUCCUCAAUUGCUGGCUAGCCAAACAUGCUUUGGAGAACAUGAUAAACGACCUCCACAGGGCCAUCCAGCGGACACACUCGGCCAUGUUCAACCAGGUGGUGAUCCUCAUCAGCACGCUGGUGUGUCUCAUGUUUACAUGCAUCUGCGGCAUCCAGCACCUGGAGCGGGCCGGCAACAACCUGACCUUGUUCGAUUCGCUCUACUUCUGCGUCGUCACUUUUUCUACGGUGGGCUUCGGGGACGUCACCCCGCAGAUCUGGCCCUCGCAGCUCCUGGUGGUCAUCAUGAUCUUCGUGGCGCUCAUUGUGCUUCCCAUACAGUUUGAGCAGCUGGCCUUCCUGUGGAUGGAGCGUCAGAAGUCCGGCGGUAACUACAGCCGCUACCGGGCGCAGACGGAGAAGCACGUGGUGCUGUGCGUCAGCUGCCUCAAGAUCGACCUCCUCAUGGAUUUCCUCAACGAGUUCUUCGCUCACCCUCGACUGCAGGAUUACUACGUGGUGAUCCUGUGCCCGGCAGAAAUGGACGUCCAGGUUAGAAGAGUACUUCAUGUUCCUCUGUGGGCCCAGAGAGUCAUCUACCUGCAAGGGUCUGCUCUCAAAGACCAGGACCUGAUGAGGGCCAAGAUGGAUGACGCAGAGGCCUGCUUCAUCCUCAGUAACCGGUUUGAAGUGGACCGUAUCGCUGCUGAUCAUCAGACCAUCCUGCGGGCCUGGGCGGUGAAAGACUUUGCUCCCAACUGCCCGUUGUACGUGCAGAUCCUCAAACCGGAGAACAAGUUCCACGUCAAGUUUGCAGAUCAUGUUGUGUGCGAAGAAGAGUUUAAGUACGCCAUGCUGGCUUUGAACUGCGUGUGCCCUGGUACCUCGACACUCAUUACUCUGUUGAUCCACUCCUCCAGAGGACAAACUGCACCCCAGGAGGCCUUUAAGCAACAUGGAGGAGCAUUUCAAGCCCUCAACAGGGAAGGCGGCGCCUGCGCUGCCGACCAGUGGCACCGAACUUACCGCCGCUGCUCAGCCAAUGAGGUGCACCACAUCCGUCUGGAGGAGAGCAAAUUCUUCGGGGAAUACCAGGGCAAGAGUUUCACCUUUGCAUCCUUUCAUGCUCACAAGAAGUACGGAGUGUGUUUGAUCGGAGUACGCCGGCUGGACACCACCAACAUCCUGCUGAACCCCGGCCCCUGUCAUAUCAUGGGAGCCUCUGACAUUUGCUUUUACAUCAACAUCUCCAAAGAGGAAAACUCAGCGUUUGUCCGCGGCCAGAGGGAUCCAUCGUGGGGCAGCGCGGGGAGCAACGCCAGAGGAGUUCACCAGAGCAUUUAUCACGGACUCACCCGCCUGCCAGUCCACAGCAUUAUCGCCAGCAUGGGCACAGUAGCGAUCGACCUUCAGGACUCCAGCGACAGCAGCCCAGAAGGUCAGGUCCCAGGGAGCGCCGGGCCCAGCAGCGGAAGAGGAAGUAGAAGCAGCUCCAGGACGGAGAUGAGCGGGUCCAACACUUUGGCCUUGCCUGCCCUGAGUGACGCCGUCGAGGAGAGGCGGCACAGCAUCGCGCCCGUCCUGGAGUUGGUGGACGGCGUAAGCAACCCGACUUUUGACCUGCUGGGAGACCAGUCGGAGGACGAGGCAGGGGAGGAGAGCAAGGACGACGCCGACAAAGAUGAGAGCGCCCACUGGUGGGGUCGGCACUGCGAGUGGGUCAAGGGCUACCCGCUCAACUCCCCAUACAUUGGCAGCUCUCCAGCUCUUUGCCACCUUCUACAAGAAAAGAUGCCUUUUUGCUGCCUGCGCAUGGACAAGGCUUGUCACCAUAUCCCUUUUGAAGACGCCCGCUCCUAUGGCUUCAAAAACAAACUGAUCAUUGUGUCAGCAGAGAGUGCGGGGAACGGCCUGUACAAUUUCAUCGUACCUCUUCGGGCCUACUACCGGCCCAGAAAGGAGCUGAACCCCAUCGUGCUCCUUCUGGAGAGCAUACCUGAGGCAGACUUCCUGGAGGCUAUCUGCUGGUUCCCCAUGGUUUUCUACACAGUUGGCUCCAUGGACAAUUUAGACAGCUUGUUGCGCUGUGGAGUGACCUUUGCCGACACCAUGGUGGUGGUUGAUAAGGAGAGCUCCAUGAUUGCGGAGGAGGACUACAUGGCUGACGCAAAGACCAUUGUCAAUGUCCAGACCCUCUUCAGACUGUUCCCAGCUCUGAGUAUUAUCACUGAACUCACACACCCGGCCAACAUGCGCUUCAUGCAGUUUAAAGUCAAAGACCACUACUCCCAAGCUCUGUCAAAGCUGGAAAAGAAGGAAAGGGAGAGAGGAUCCAACCUGGUGUUUAUGUUCCGUCUGCCCUUUGCAGCAGGCAAAGUGUUCAGUGUCAGCAUGCUAGACACGCUCCUCUACCAGUCGUUCGUCAAGGAUUACAUGAUCUCCAUCACCAGGCUGCUACUGGGCCUCGACUCCAUGCCCGGUUCAGGAUUCCUCUGCGCUAUGAAAAUCACAGAAGACGACUUGUGGAUACGGACGUUCGGCAGGCUCUACCAGAAGCUGUGCUCCUCCACAGGAGAUAUUCCAAUUGGCAUCUACAGAACAGAAGCCCACAAGCUUCCUGUGUCAGAGUCGCAGGUAUCCAUCACAGUGGAAGACUACGAGGACACCAGAGAACCCAGGGAGCCCCUGCUGUCCCGAAGCGGCGCUCACCGCAACUCUACCUCCUCAGAGCCCGUCUCGGCCUCGUCUCACUCCUCGGACCACCCGCUGCUCCGCAGGAAGAGCAUGCAGUGGGCGCGGCGGCUGAGCAGAAAGGGGGGCCGGAGCUCAGGCGGGGCCAAGGGUGGCGCCGGCAGCGCGGCCGAGAGGAUCAGCCAGCAGAGACUGACCCUGUUCAAACGCUCGGAAAGGCAGGAACUCAAUGCGCUUGUGAAGACCAGGAUGAAGCAUUUGGGUCUCUCUCCGACUGGCUUCAAUGGCAUGACAGACCAAGGCAACAGACUGUGUUACAUCCUCAUCAACCUCUCUCCAGACACCAGACUGGAGCUGCACGAUGUUGUGUACCUCAUCAGACCAGAUCCCCUCUCACUGGUACCCAAUCAAGGGAGCGGCAGGAAGUGCAGCGCCGGACUCGCAGAGAGCCACAGGUUCGAUACCCAGGACAGCACCCAUCUGUGAGACAUGAAGGGACUUAAAAAAAUUUAAAAUAAAUAAAAAAAAUAAAUAAAUAAACCAGUGAAACACUGAAAAACUCUUGAGAGAAGCGGAGAAGGAAGCCUGAGCCUUGCAGCCAGAUGGCCGUCAACUCUUCCGGAGUUCAGCCAUGGUGGAUGUGCGUGGACCUCGUCUUUGAACGCUGGGGACGUUUCAGUCGAGCACCUUCUUCAUUUUUAAAGCAGAGUGUUCGGGACACAGAAGUGCAUUUAACAAGAAAAGAAAACUAUGUAUUUAUAUUUAUGUAUGUGUAUGUUUUGAACUGCAGCAUACACCACUUCGUUGACAAAAGUAUUGGGACACCAUAGCCGUUGUAGGAUCACAGCCAAGCAUGGCUUUGUGGGUCUUGCUGGAUCACGCACUGCCUGAGAAUUAUGAUUGAUUGAUGACGACUAUUCCAGGGUUUACUGCGCCCAGUCAGCUAAGACACGUUCCAGCUCACAUGUGCGCCUAAUCAGGACAAGCAUGAUAGAAAAUGGAUGCAAGGAUGACUUGACAUUAAUAGGGAACUAAGAUGUGUCUCAAUACUUAAGUCCUUCGAGUAUAGACGUUUUCAUCAUGUUUGUAAACCCUUGUCACCACGGUACUUUCGGGUGGCAGAAAGUGAUUGAAUGACUCGCGUCAGUUUUUGCCACCCAGAAGCACGAGUGGCAUCAUGGUGAAAAGGUCUGUGCAGCAUGUGCCUGUAGGAGUGAAAAGCAAGACACUGCCAAUUUACCCCAGAACCAGCUGCCAAAUGGAAGUGAAGGGACGUCUUUUUGUCGGUGUUUUUGUCACAUUAAGUGUUGUCCGGUUUUAUUAGCAGUGUACGCACCUUGUGAGUUUACCCCCUUUUUCAUGUUUUUUUUCUCAAUCGUGAAGCAAAUGUGGGACCUUGAAACGCUCACAUUUGGUUUCACUCAGCUGUUGAUGCCGUUUGUCCAUGAAGGUUCUGUUGGCUUUAUAAGAUGCAUCCGAAACGCUGAAUGUGUCAUUUCCCAACUCAAAAUGAAUGCUGCGGCUAUGUGGUUGCUGUAGUUUCGGUGCCAUUCUAAAAAAAGAACAUGUAC